AAAAUUCAAUCAAUAAUUUUCUAGGUUGUGCCAUUUGACAUUUAAGUUAUAUAUGUGCUUAUUUGUGAUGUGUGUUUAUUAACAAUUAAAAAGAAAUGGAGGAAGCUGUGGAGAAUUUAGAAAAAUCAGUGAAGACGACUGACCAAAAGUUGGAAAAUGUAGUUUGUAAAAUAGAUGAAUAUGAAAAAAAUAUGUCAGAAAAUGUUAAUAACGACGUUGCAGUGUUUGAAAUUCUGGAAUCUGUCACCGAAGUCAAGAACGAAUACCAAAACCUUAGAAAAGACAUACUCGAAGUACAAGUCCUUCAAAAACAACUUGCCAACAACUUACGCACCCAAUUAAAACAGGUUCAAGGAACUUUUACCAUGCUAAAAGGUAAGAUUGUCAGGCCAGAAGCUGCGACUCAAGAACGAGUGAGAAUUGAAGGAAAGUAGCUUACAAUUUCAUUGAGAUUUUAUUCAUUUUGGUUGUAUAGCAUUUCAUAUUUCAA